AUGGAGGUGAGUUUAAGAAAUGGUAGAGAUCUUGAUCUAGAGCAAGAAAUUGCUCACGAAAGCCGACCAACUGAAACACUCGUGUCAGUACCAAUCGAUGUAGAUGAUUCGACAGGGUUAACAAAGGUGACGGUACAAUAUGCACCAGCUGAAUCUAGCAAAGAAAAAGAGGUUGCGAAGGAAACUGAGUUAGUGAAAGAGAAGGCAGUCAAAACAGAGCUCGGGCAGGUUCAAACUCAAAUUACAGGAAAGAAGCGGCCUCCAGCACCGUUCCCCCGGAGAUUGGCCAAAUAUAAAAAAGAUGAGCAGUAUAAGAAAUUCAUGGAGGUGUUGAAGCAAAUCCAGGUGAACAUUCCAUUGAUUGUCGCCUUGAAGGAAAUGCCUGGUUAUGCUAAAUUGAUGAAGGACUUGAUGUCUCGUAAGUUCGACUUUCAAGAGUUGGCCACGGUUACACUAACUCAGACAUGUAGCGCGGUUGUAAUGAGACCCAUAAAUGAGAAGUUGUCUGACCCAGGGAGUUUCACAAUCUCACACACAAUAGGCAACUAUGCUUUUGCUAAGGCACUUUGUGAUUUGGGGGUGAGCAUAAAUCUGAUAUCCUUGGCUAUUUAUAAAAGGUUAGGCAUUGGAAGAGCAAGACCCAAAUCCAUGUUACUACAGCUAGCCGACCGAACGAUGAAGAGGCCCUCAGGUAUACUUAAUGAUGUGCUAGUGCAGGUUGGAAAGUUUGUGUUUCCGACAGAUUUUGUCAUUCUGGACUGCCGGAUGAGACUGAACGAUGAAGAGAUAAUGUUCAAUGUGCAGAAAUAUAUGCUGCGACCCAGUGAAUUUGCUAACUGCUCUCUAAUAGAGGCUGUGGAUGUGAUUUUGGAGGAGGAAGAUGAGACUCUGAACGGACAAGAUCCUCUAGCAGCCUACCUCAUGAACUUAUAA